UAUAAAGAAGGAUUGGGCUACGGAGACACAGUUUAUUACUGACCUUUGAACCAUGAAGACGUUUUUAGUGCUCGCUAUUUGCUUUGUUGCCGCCCAGGCUCUCACGGAUGAACAGAAGGAAAGACUGAAGAAACACAGAUCGGAGUGCCUCGUGGAGACCGAUGCCGAUGAACAACUAGUCAACAAACUGAAAUCUGGCGAUUUUAAGACCGAGAAUGAGCCUUUGAAGAAGUACGCGCUUUGCAUGCUGACCAAGUCUGAGCUGAUGACCAAGGACGGCAAGUUCAAGAAGGACGUCGCCCUCGCCAAGGUCCCUAACGCAGCCGACAAACCAGCCGUCGAGAAAUUGAUCGACGCUUGCAUGGCCAACAAAGGCAACACUCCUCACCAGACCGCGUGGAACUAUGCCAAGUGCUACCAUGAGAAGGACCCCAAGCACUCCAUCUUCCAAAGAAAGGAAGUGGCAUUUUUCACACUGCAAAAGUGCAACACUAUGAAAUUCCUUGUGUUCAUAUUAUGGAUUUUGGUGUAUGUGCAGGUCAUACAAAGCGUUGGCCGAGUGUACCCUGAAAGAGUUAGGUCAAGUGGAGAAGCUGUAAGCAUAACCAAACGUGACGACUCUGGUCCAAAAGGUUGGCUGUGGUGUGCAGAGAACUCCACCUUCGCCUUAAAGCCUUGUCCAGGUGAUCCUCAGCUUGAAGAAUGCAUCAUGUUGACCAAUGUAAGUCGCGAAGAGGUCAGCAGACUGAUGAAAGGCAGUUGGCAUAAUCCAUCCAAGUCCGUCAAGAAGUGGGUCCUCUGCUACCUGUCCAAGCACGGCAUCAUGUCUACUGCUGGAGUACUGAGGCAGGAUGAGGUGCUUAGAAAUAUUCCUGAUCACGAUAAAGCGAUCGUCGAGAAGACAAUAAACAAAUGCCUUUACAAAACCGCCCAUAGCCCCGUGGAGACUGCCUGGCACUAUUUGACUUGCUUUCGAUCUAAACAACCGAAGUAUGCCAAGCUUGCUAACCGUUUAUAAAUACAAUAAAACAUAGGUAUUUUGAUA